AUGCCUAGGAAGGAGCAGUGUUUGUCACAGAAAAGGGAGCUUCUUGAUGGCACAGAAUUUGACGCUCAACUUCUCUCUAUUCACAUAGGCCCCACGGAGGAGAACUACUGGAAAGAGAUGAAUUUCUCUGAGGCAGAGGCUCUCUUGUUACACUUUACUUCGAGUGAAUGCUUUCUUCCCCCAUUUUUAAGAUCCAUGAAGAAUCUGAAAUGUCUCAUGGUAUUCAAUUACAGCAAGAAGAAGGGAACUAUAAAAGGUCUAGAUGUCUUAUCUUCACUCAAUCAACUCAAAAGUGUCCGCUUGGAAAGAUUGAUUACACUCCCUACUGGGAAAGAAAGCAAAGCACUUUCAAAUAUAGAGAAGUUGUCUUUAAGCUUAUGCGAAGGGUUUGAAUAUACAUCUGCAUUCAUCAACGUAAACUUGACAGAUUUUAACCUGGACCACUCGAGUAAUUUGGAGCAGGUGCCCCUUAGUUUCUGUUAUAUGCCCUCUGCUCAGAUGUGGUCUAUUACCAAUUGCCACUUGAUUCAGAAGUUACCCUACGACCUUGGAAAUCUGAGUUCUCUGAAGAUGUUAAAGUUGUCGGCAUUGCCAGGCCUAAAAGAGCUUCCACCAUCAAUAGGAAAACUUGGACAGUUGGAAUACCUAGACAUUUCAUUCUGUGAGGGGCUGAGAGAACUUCCGGAGGAAAUUAAGCACCUAAAGAAAUUGAAUGAGUUUGAUAUGAGAGAAUGUUCUCGUUUGACGAGGUUACCAAGAGCUGUUUGCGAGCUGAAUUCCCUGAAGCUUGUUAUAUGUGAUGAGAAGGUUUGGAAGCAAUGGUUGCGGGCCAAGAACAUUUCUAUUGCAGAGCUUAGAGUUGAAAUUGCGGAAGCACAUUUCAGUUUGGAUUGGCUUGAUGAUUGA